AAGCUGGAAGUGCCCUAGUCCUCAAAAGACACAUCAGAGGCAUCUCUCUGUUUCUCCUUCUAUAGUUCUUGAAAAUGGCGUCUCCCUUCUUUUCUUCAUUAAUCCUAUGUAUUUCUCUCUGGGUUCUGCUAAUAUCUCCUGCACAUUCCCUCACCUGCAACUCCCAAAAAUUAUCAAACAGCAAGCUAUAUGCCAACUGCACUGACCUCCCUACUCUCGACUCCUAUCUUCACUACACUUACAAUGCCUCCAACUCCUCUCUCUCCAUAGCCUUCAUCUCAACUCCGGCCUCAUCCGACGGCUGGAUCGCCUGGGCCAUCAACCCCACCGGCACCGGCAUGGCUGGAUCCCAGGCGUUAAUCGCUCUAAAAUCCAGCGGCUCCUUGGGCGUCAAAACUUACAACAUCAGCUCCUACAGUUCCAUUGUGCAAUCAAAGUUGUCUUUUGACGUCUGGGACUUGAAGGCCGAAUCUGGUUCCAACGGUACUUGGGUAAUCUAUGGGUCGUUGAAAGUUCCGGAUAAAGUAGAGAAUUUGAACCAAGUUUGGCAGAUUGGUGCUAAAGUUUCAGAUGGUCAUCCCAGUAAGCAUGACUUCGCUCCGGCCAAUCUCAAAGCUAAGGGAACUUUGGCUUUGGUUGGGACUCCAGAGAGUCUGACACCUGCAUCAGCACCUACGGCUACACCUUCAAGUUCAGCCGGUGGAUCCACUGCUCCUGAAAAGGGUGGACAGUCAACACUUAGAAGUAAUAAUUUGGGUUUGUUUCUGGGUUUGAUUCUGUUUUUUCUAGGUGUUUUGGCUUUGUGAUUUGAUUACAUUUGAUUUUAACGUUACCUUCGAUAUUUACUGCCUUAGUUACGGAGAUUUGG